AAUUUAUGUUUGAAAGAGAGGGAAUAUUUCGAUGUGCAUAUGAAGUCCUAUAUUAUGUGGUAUGUUUAUUCAUAGUAUUAAGUAAAUAUAUAAAAAUAAAAAUGAUAGGCUACUUUUUAGUAACUCAUUUUGAUAAAUUACCAGAACCAAAUCAAACUUUAUGUUAAUUGAUAAUUUUCACUUUACUAUACUUAUUUUAUUCAAUAACUAAAUUGGGAAUCUUGAUUAAAAUAUUUUUGAUUAUUACUACUACUAAAUUGCUCUAUUCUUCAGCAAACUCAAUUAAAAGUUUAGAAGAGGAUUAGUAAAAAGGUUGUUAGAUAAUCUUAGUAGUUAUAACAAUAAUAUUCUUGAUUAGAAUGAUUUAAUAAUGUGUAAUUGGUUUUGUUAGAGCAAGAGAAUAAUAUUUAAAUUAAACUUAAAAUUAACCACCUGAUAUUCUUAGUGCUUUAAAUUUAUUACCUCCAAGAGAUCCUUACAUUAGAUAGUCAGCAUAAAUUAUAAGUGAAGAAUAAAUUGAAAUAUUACCAGUGCUAAAAUUUAAGAUGGAGAAUGAAUUUGUUUGUUCAAUAUGCGAUAUGAAUUUAUAAAAGAAUGAAAUGGUCAUGAAAUUAAAUUGUUCUCAUAUUUUCCAUUCUGAAUGUUUAAAACCUUGGAUUAGAAUUAAGAACUCUUGUCCUAAUUGUAGAUAAUAAAUAAUUAAUCAAUUAAUUAAUUAAAAUCAUAAUUAAUAAGUUUUUGAAGCACCAUAAUAAUAACAAUAAAUAGCUGAAAAUAUUUAAAUAGAAAUUCCACCAGAUUAAAAUGAAUAUUAAGUACCUGAAAGACAGCAGGAAAUAUAAGAAUGA